AUGUUCCACAACUACAGCGUGCAAACCAUUUUACAAACACUGUCAUCUGCUGCUUAUGACCAUCCUGGCGGGAUGCUAUCAUCAUCCCAUCUUACAGGCGAGGAACCCGAGGCUGAGAGACAAGAAGAGGUGGUGACAUUCAAGGAUGUGGCUGUGGACUUCACCCGAGAGGAAUGGCGCCUCUUGGCCCCUCCCCAGAAGGAACUGUACAAGGAGGUGAUGCUGGAGAAUGCCUGGAACCUGAUGUCUGUGGUUUCCAGAGAAGACGUGAUCUCUUAUUUUGAGCAAAGGGAAGCCCCGUGGAUGCAAGAGCAAGAAGACCUGAGAAACUGUUCUCCAGAGAAUGGUACCUUGGGGCUUUUGGACUUGGACUUGGAGCUUUGGACCUUUGGACUGGAGCUUUUGGCUUUGGGACUUCGACUUUUGACUUUGGAGCUUCUUGGAAUCUGGGACUUUCUUGCUGGGUUCACUGCUGCCUCGGUGUGCUUAGCUCAGGAGGGUUUUUCUGCAUUGGGACCUUGCCUGAAUCCUGCCAGACUUGCUAAAGGAGAGAUCAGACACGAAAUGAAGGCUACUGCAACAGAAGUGAGCCUCUCUGUAGAAGAAAUAGGCCAUCAGAGAUUCUGUGGAAAGACAUUCAGUCGGAGAGAUCGUCUUGCUGUACAUCAGAGAAUGCACACUGUGGUGAAAUUGUAUGAAUGCAAUCAAUGUGGAAAGGCGUUCAAUAAAAGCUGCAGUCUUGCUGCACACCAGAGAACCCACACUGGGGAGAACCUUAAUGAAUGCAAUCAGUGUGGAAAGAUACUCGGUAAGAGCUACAAACUUGCUGUACAUCAGGGAAUCUACACUGGGGAGAAACCUUAUGAAUGCAAUCAGUGUAAACCUUAUGAAUGCAAGCAGUGUGGAAAGGCAUUCAGUGAAAGCUCCCAUCUUGCUCGACAUCUGAGAAUCCACACUGGGGAAAAACCUUAUGAAUGCAAUCAGUGUGGAAAGACAUUCAGUCAAAGUUCCAGUCUUGUUGCACAUCUGAGAAUCCACACUGGGGAGAAACCUUAUGAAUGUAAUCAGUGUGGAAAGACAUUCAGACGGAGCUCUGAUCUUGCUGCACAUCAGAGAAUCCACACUGGGGAGAAACCUUAUGAAUGCAAUCAGUGUGGAAAGAAUUUCAAUCAAAGUUCCAGGCUUGCUGCACACCAGAGAAUCCACACUGGGAAGAAACCUUAUGAAUGCAAUCAGUGUGGAAAGACAUUCAGUCAAAACUACAAACUUGCUGUACAUCAGAGAAUCCACACUGGGGAGAAACCUUAUGAAUGCAAUCUGUGUGGAAAGAGUUUCAAUCAAAGUUUCAGUCUUGCUGCACACCAGAGAGUCCACACUGGGGACAAACAUUAUGAAUGCAAUCAGUGCGGAAAGACUUUCAAUCAAAGCUUCAGUCUUUCUGUACAUCAGAGAAUCCAUACUGGGUUGAAACCUUAUGAAUGCCAUCAGUGUGGAAAGACAUUCAGGCAGAGCUCCAGUCUUGCUGCACACCAGAGAAUCCACACUGGGGAGAAACCUUAUGAAUGCAAUCAGUGUGGAAAGACAUUCAGAUGGAGCUCUAAUCUUGCUGCACAUCAGAGAAUCCACACUGGGGAGAAACCUUAUGAAUGCAAUCAGUGUGGAAAGACAUUCAGUCAAAACUACAAACUUGCUGUACAUCAGAGAAUCCACACUGGGGAGAAACCUUAUGAAUGCAAUCAGUGUGGAAAGAGUUUCAAUCAAAGUUUCAGUCUUGCUGCACACCAGAGAGUCCACAGUGGGGAGAAACCUUAUGAAUGCAAUCAGUGUGGAAAGACAUUCAGUCAGAGCUCCUAUCUUGCUGUACAUCAGAGAAUCCACACUGGGGAGAAACCUUAUGAAUGCAAUCAGUGUGGAAAGGCAUUCAGUCAGAGCUCCUGUCUUGCUGUGCAUCAGAGAAUCCACACUGGGGAGAAACCUUAUGAAUGCCAUCAGUGUGGAAAGACAUUCAGUCAUAACUCCAGUCUUGCUGCACACCAGAGAAUCCACACUGGGGAAAAACCUUAUGAAUGCAAUCAGUGUGGAAAGACAUUCGGGCAGAGCUCCAGUCUUGCUGCACACCAGAGAAUCCACACUGGGGAGAAACCUUAUGAAUGCAAUCAGUGUGGAAAGACAUUCAACCAGAGCUCCAGUCUUGCUGCACAUCAGAGAAUCCACUGGAAAGAUAACUUAAGUCAAUGUGGGAAAACAAUCACAAUGAGUUCCAGUCUUGCUCAUCAUCAGAGAAUCCACACUGGUGUAGUGAAAAUUUAUCACACUGAUGCAAAAACUCCAAGCUAA